AUGAAAAAGGAUUUGCACAAGGAGAGAACUCAGCGAACAAUUAAACUCAAUAACAACCAAGGGGAUGAAGCUGAUGAUCUCUACCUUCAUAUCAUUCAAAUGUUUGGCUGCAUACAGAAAACUACUGCGGAAGAUGCAACAAAGCUGCUAGUACUAGGCGACGUCGAAGUAGAAAUAUCAAUCGGAAGCAUUUUAAUAGAAUGGACAAAAAAUUCAAUGGUGAGUGAAACAAUUGCCAAUAGUAUACUAAUAAUGAUUAUCGGAUUGAAUACAAGCGAGAAAAAUGUGCUAUCUGAAUCAAGACUUAAAGAGAGAAGUGAUGAUGCUUGGAGGGCGCAAGAAUUACAAAACCUAUUACAGGAACAAUUUGGGAAUAGUUUCAGUGUCGACGAAAAAGACGAGAAAAAAGAAAAUGCGAAAAAUGGUAGUGUCACUAUAGGUAAGAGCAAAGCUAUAAUAGAUUUCUCCACCAUGAAACUAGUUGACUGCAAUUCGAAUCCGCUCAAAGGGAGGGUGGAGAGUAUACUCGAUAUUGGGAAAAAACUAACAACUCCAUUAUGCUAA